AUGGCUUAUAAUUCCGAUUCUAGUAGCUCAAAUUCCCUAGAUUAUCUUAAUACCAGUCUUUCUGAUUUUAAUGAGAGUUUAGAAAGAGUGAAUGCAAGAAAUAGAAGGAAUCGUAAGUUGAGGCAUACACUUGCCUCAACGGCUGUUUCAUUAUUAACAUCGCCAAUUGAGAGACCAAUACUUAAUAGGUGGUAUGUCCCUAGGGAUCGUGAAGAAGCAGACUUGCGUUUGUUUAAUGACUAUUUCUCUGAUAGUCCUGUUUACAAAGAAGACAUUUUUCUCCGUAGAUUUCGUAUGCAUAGACAUGUAUUUGUGUCUAUUGUUGAAUCCAUGAGUGAAUAUAGUGAGUUUUUUCAACAACGCUAUGACGCAUGUGGUAGACUUGGUGCAUCGCCAUAUAAAAAAUGCACCGCGGCAAUGAGGAUGUUAGCUUAUGGUUCAUCGUCUGACGCAGUAGAUGAAUAUUUAAAAAUUGCUGCUUCUACAGGAAGGGAGUGUCUUCUCCACUUUGUUGAAGGUGUGAUUUAUAAAUUUGGUGACCGUUACCUAAGAAAGUCAAUGAGAGAAGAUGUUGACCAACUUCUCAAUGCUGCUCAAAAUAGAGGUUUUCCUGGUAUGAUGGGUAGUAUCGAUUGCAUGCACUGGGAGUGGAAAAAUUGUCCACGUGGUUGGAAAGGAAUGUACCAAGGAAGAUCUAAAACAACAACUGUUAUUUUAGAAGCGGUUGCUUCUUGUGAUUUAUGGAUAUGGCAUGCAUUUUUCGAAACACCUGGAUCAUGCAAUGACAUUUACGUUCUUGACCGUUCUCCUGUGUUCACCGACAUUUUACAAGGUAAAGCUCCCCCGGUUAAUUUUGUUGUUAACAACAAUGAAUAUAAUAUGGGAUAUUAUCUCAGAGAUGGUAUUUAUCCAAAAUGGGCUACUUUUAUUCCAGCCAUUAAACUCCCACAAACAGCUAAGCACAAAUUAUUUACUACAAAGCAAGAGUCGGCAAGAAAAGAUGUCGAGCGUGCAUUUGGGGUGUUACAAGCUCGUUUCGCAAUUAUACGAAAUUCGGCUCUUGCUUGGGAUACAAAAAUAUUAUGGAAAAUAAUGAUGGCGUGUAUUAUCUUGCACAACAUGAUAGUAGAAGAUGAACGACAUACAUAUCUAAAUUAUAAUGACUUGAUGAGAGAAUUUAUAGAAGAUCGUCCAAUAAAUCAAGCAGGAUCAUCCAAUACAGAUGUUCAAUUAAGUAUGAAUCCUAUCGGAGAAUCUAUCUUACUACGGUACAUGGAGAAAAGGAAUGAAAUACGGGAUAGAGAUGUUCAUAAAUCAUUGAAAAAUGAUUUGAUUGAACAUAUAUGGCAACGUUUUCAACCAAGGGGAACUUAA